UAGUUAUUUUUAGUUAUUUUUAGCGAGUUUGUCACUUUAUUUACUUUGUUUGGAAGGUUUUAACACUAUUUUUAUCUCACAUCAUUACGUCAUUUAACUUUUUUAUCCAUUUUUUACAUUAAUUUAGUUAAUUUAUGCGUUAAUUUGAUUAUAUUAUGACAAACGAGUUUGAUAAGUUUGUUGAGGACGUUGACGAUUCUCUCUGUGUCGUCUGUUUCGACGCUCUAGAAGAAGAAUUAAACAAUAAGAAGCCUGAGAGUCGUGAGUGUCUUGCAAAGUUAACUUCUCAAGACGCCAGAUGUCCUCUUUUCGUCACCUGGAAUCUUAAAAACGGUGACGACGAGGAUUUAAGAGGCUGCAUCGGCACUCUCGAACCCACCAGCCUCAACAAUCUCAAGAAGUAUGCUAGGAUGAGUGCGUUUCAGGAUUCAAGAUUCCCGCCGAUACGUUCCAAAGAGAUCCAAAAUCUCAUCUGUAAACUCUCACUUCUACACUCCUACGAAGAGUGUAAGGAUUAUUUGGAUUGGGAGAUUGGUAAACAUGGCCUGGUUGUAGAAUUUGAUUCCAACGGCUUCAGUUACUCUGCUACUUACUUACCCGAAGUAGCACUCGAACAUAACAUGUCCAAAGAAUACGCCGUCGAACAACUUAUUAGGAAAAGUGGUUAUAGAGGUCGAGUUACCGAUGAUCUUUUAUCCAAGCUACGGGUGACCAGAUAUCAAUCCAAAAAAGUUAAAAUGGAUUAUAAUCAUUAUCUAUCCCACAUCUCAACUCAAUAAUACAUCUCAACACAAUAAUAUAACUCACAUUACAACCGUAACCUGAGUAAAGAGUAUUCAAUGUGUUUGACACAGUUUAGCUUUUUUGGAGUUUGUGAUUGCGGAUUUGUAAGCACUUGACGAAGUUAACAACUCCAAUAACCCGUGCUUCCUGUCCUCCAUCCCCAAACCCAAAUCCUCCAUUCUCUCAUCCUACAACAUCAUCACACAAUUUUACCAAAACUAAUAUCAAUACUAUUACCAAUUCUAAUUCUAAUAUCAAUACUAUUACUAAUACUAAUAUCA